AUGGCCUAUCCGUACUCUUCCGGCGACGGCUCCAGCUAUCUCUACACCACAUCCACUUACGCAACCGGAGUCCCGCAGUACACGCAAUCACAAAUAACAGCCUACUACCAGCAGUGGAACUGCUAUCCUCCUGAGCCGUACCAGAUCAUUCCGGACACUUACCUUCAGGCCAUGCCUCAAGUCGUCGUCCCCAGCUACACCACGUCGAUGGGAGCGACACAGCAGUACUACGGCGGCAAUUCCGGAAGCCUAGCUCUUUCUAGCUCCAGUCGGCUGGCCGUGCCCGAGGAUGAGGAGACUCGCAGACGGAAAUCGCAGAAGGCAGACCGGAGGAGUAGGAGCGGGAGUCGCACGAGGACAUGGACAUGCGACCUCCCCUCCUGCGCCAGCACCGCAAACUUCACCCGCCUGGCAGACCUCCAACGCCACCAAGCAACCGUCCACGGCGUAGGUAUGCCCGAGUAUCCCUGCACGGUUCCGCGCUGCAACCGCGUGGGCGAGAAAGGGUUCACGCGUCGGGAUCAUCUGGUGGAGCAUUUGCGGAACUUCCACCACUUGGACAUCCCGAAGAGGAGGCCUGGAGAGAGGAGUGCGAACCCGAUGGGGCUGCCUUAUUAUUAG